AUGAACGAUUUGGCUGGAAACAACUGCUUCGCCAUUUAUUCCCAAUUGUUCUUCACUGAGGCACCGAUUCUAAACCGUUCCGCGUUACACGCAGUCGCCACAGCCUACAGGCAUCAUCUUGAUGUUUUGGCCCUUCGGUGGGUCUUGACACCAUUCUCUCCUUGCGACGAGGAACUCAUAUUCGACGCUGUAGCCUGGGGUUUAACCAUGGCAGCUUACCGCACUCACAUUCCCCUCCCCGCCUAUGGAGCAUGUCUUUUCAAGUCACUUUUAGGAGCCUUCAUAAUCCGGUGCUCUGCUUGCACUGUAAACGAUAUCUUUGACCGUAAGAUGGAUGCCGGGGUUGGCUUUGCAUCGACGCUUAAAGAGCGUACUCGCAAUCGCCCGCUGGCCAGCGGCCGGAUUUCCGUCACAUCAGCCACCUUUUACCUCUUCCUACAAUACGCAGUUGGAGUCAUUUUCUUUGUCUCUACAGUUCAUGGAAUAGCGUUCGGCAUUUACCCCCUGCUCAAGCGUGUCACGCAUUGGCCACAGGCAUGGUUAGGCUUUUCCAUGAACUUUGGCUUCGUUACCGCCUGGAUAGCUACGACAGGUUCCGUUGAGGUCGAGUUGCUAGCGGCUGCAAUGGCCGGGUGCUGGUGCUGGACCAUGCUUUACGAUACCGUCUACGCCUGUCAGGACAUCAAAGACGACGUAAAGAUGGGCGUUCGAUCGACCGCAAUCUUAUUUGGCUCUUGGAUCCGGCCACUAUUGGUUGGGUGCGGCCUCGGUUUCGUGGUCAUGCUGGCUAUAGCCGGCCACGUUAACCAGCAAGGGCCCGUUUAUUUCGUGAUCUCUGUUGGGGGAACCUUGGUCCAUCUCGUUUGGCAGUACAAUACGGUGGAUCUCGGUGUACCUAAGAGUUGCUGGGCCAACUUUAACCGCAACGGGCAACUCGGUUGGAUAGUCUGGGUAGGCGUCAUGCUCGACUAUCUAACUACCGUUGGAGUGGUUCGGUUUUAA